CUGCUCUCCUGCAGGAUGUCUAAAGCCUCCAGGCUGGCUCGCCCCCCGCCAACAGCGGCUGGAUCUAAGCUGCCGUCCGCAAGGAAGGAAUGCCCUGGCACGGCCGGUGUGGCUGCCCGAGCCAGGGUGCUGAGCGUGGGGGAGAAGCUGAUGAGGGCAGGUAACGAUAAUGUCAUCAGCAGACAGAAGCCGGGACAGCCAGCUGUGCCGCUGGACAAAGUCCAGAGCGCCACCCAGAAUGAGACUGGGGCUGCCAGCCAGAGCUCAGGUGAGAAGGACCAUAAUAUGGAGCUGGUCCCCCCCAAGAGCAGAAUCAGCCCACCUAAAGCCUCAAGCCAUCAGCCAGGCUCUCUGCACAGACAAACAGAAAGACUUCAGGAGCAAAACAAAGGCAACCUGAAGGUCACCUCACCAGAGGACGCAGAGCACGCAGGCCACAGACAGGCAUCCCCCAAUGGGACUGCUCCCUCAAAAGGGGACGCCAAAGGCAGCCGCACUGUCCCUCGAAGGCACACAUUAGGAGGGGCCCGCAGCUCCCGGGAGAUCCUGGCAAUGCAGCCGUCAGAUAUGGACAAGAAGAGGGAGGCCUUCCUGGAGCACCUGAAGCAGAAAUACCCCCACCAUGCCUCAGCCAUCAUGGGACACCAGGAAAGGCUGAGGGAGCAGAGCAGAAGCCCGAAGCACGGCCCCAGCCCCCAGCCCAGUGUCAGCGACCAGGUUGACCACCUAUCCCUGGCCUCCUUAGAUUCACUGGACGCCAUGUCUGAGGCAGAUGCACCCACAGCCUUCACCCGUGGCAGCCGAGUCCGUGCCAGCCUGCCUGUUGUGCGAUCCACCAACCAGACAAAGGACCGCUCACUAGGUGUUCUGUAUCUGCAGUACCUCGACGAGACCAAACAGAUCCGCAUGCCUAAUGAGAUCACCAGCAUCGACACAAUCAGAGCUCUGUUUGUUAGUGCCUUCCCACAGCAGCUUAAUAUGAAGAUGCUGGAGUCACCCAGCGUUGCUGUCUAUGUCAAAGACGACAUGAGGAACAUGUACUACGAGCUCUCAGAUGUCAGGAACAUCACAGACCACUCCUGCCUGAAGGUGUACCACAAAGACCCAGUGCAGGCAUUCAGCCAUGGACCCCGACCUGCCAACGGAGAUGCCCGGAUGCACAGUGAGAUGGCGCAUGUUGGACGGGAUGUUCAGCACCCUCAAAGACAUCCACCCAUGGGUCCUCCAACCCACCACCCAAUCCAGGGAGCACUCCCCCCAAGUCCUCACUCCAUGCCCCCAUCACCUUCCAGAAUCCCAUUUGGCCCACGACAGGGCUCUUUACCUGGGAGCUCUACAGUCCCAAGGGACCGGCUGUCCAACCCCCCGGCCCGCUCCAUCUCUCCUUGUCCCAGUGCUAUCCUGGAGAGACGGGACGUCAAGCCGGAUGAGAACAUUGGUGGCAAGAGCCACAGUCUCACCAGGGGUAACGAGGGGCUGUAUGCAGAUCCAUACCUUUUGCAAGAAGGACGUAUUGGCAUGGCGACAGCCCAUGGGCCACACCCUAACCCUGGGCUUGAUGGGCCAGAACAUGGAAUGGCGGCGUUUCACCGUGCCUCCAUCCGCUCCACAAGCUCUUAUGUGGGCCUCCUCAUGGUGGGCCUCCUCAUGUUGUACCUCCUCAUGUUGUGCCUCCUCAUGGUGGGCUUCCUCAUGGUGUCCCUCCUCAUGGUGUACCUCCUCAUGGUGGGCCUCCUCAUGGUGUACCUCCUCAUGGUGUACCUCCUCAUGGUGUACCUCCUCAUGUUGUGCCUCCUCAUGGUGGGCCUCCUCAUGGUGGGCCUCCUCAUGGUGGGCUUCCUCAUGGUGGGCCUCCUGGUGUUCCGAUGGAGAGAAGCUCACCAGUGCGCCAAUCCCCAAGGCCUCUCCCAGGGGCCCAUCCCUGCUCCUACUGACCAGCAGACACGAGAGCGAAUGAAGGCUAUGGAGCAACAGAUUGCCAGCUUGACUGGUCUUGUUCAGCAUGCACUUUUAAAGGGUCCAAACACUAGUGUCGCCAAGGAGCCUCCAAGUGAGAGACCGCAGAAGACUUCAUCUCCUGCCCACGCUGCACCUAAUCCAGGUGGUUCCCCUGUCUUGGCUACCAAAAGCCACCCAGCUCCAUCUGACAAGAGUUCAGUUCCUCUCAAAGUCAACCUCCUGCAGUUCAGAAAGAAUGUUUCUGACCUCAGGAUGCAACUCCAUCAGAUGAGACAGCUGCAGCUCCAAAAUCAAGAGGUGUUACGCGUGCAGCUGAAGCGGACAGAGCAGGAAAUAAGUAUUAAACUUGCAGAAGUCAUGCGGCACCUGGAGGACCCUGUCCAGAGGCAGAGGGCUCUGGUAGAGGAGGACAGGCACAAAUAUUUGGGUCUUGAGGAGCGAGUCCUCACACAGCUCAGCGAGCUGGAGCAGUUUGUCGGUUCUCUGCAAAAGGACUCAGCAACAACUCCCAGAGUCGUCACCCUAAAGGAUGUGGAGGAGGGAGCCAUGACUCUGAGGAAGGUGGGAGAAUCUCUUGCAGGGCUUAAAGGAGAGUUUCCAGCACUGCAAACCAGGAUGCGAGCUGUGCUCAGGGUGGAAGUGGAGGCUGUCAAGUUUUUGAAGGAAGAGCCACAUAAAUUGGACAGCAUGCUGAAACGAGUCAAGAGUCUGACCGACACCCUUAGCAGCCUUAGAAGAUCUGCAAGUGAGUUUUCUCAGAAAGGACCUGAUCCUCCCAAUAGUGUUUCAGUGAGAAGCAGCCCUGUAGUAGCAGCAGAAGCCCCUGUAGAGGCUCCCCCAGCAUCAGUCAAGGCCAGCCCAACUCCAGCCCCUCCCGAGCCCCAGACCUCCACCAUCAGGUCAGAGGUGAUGCCUUCCUCCCCAGUGGUCAUUCAUCAUGUCCAGAGUUCGCCAGUCCACAUGCAGCAGUCCCAGCAAUCUGCUGCUUUGACAGCUCAGCCCAGUCCUCCACUCACCCCCAGUCCCACUCACACCUCUAGUCCCCACCUGAGCAAGAGUCAAGGCAGGGAAUCUCCCAAAGGUGCCACUUCAGGUCCACCUAGUCCUGCUCGCCUUAAGAAGACUCACGGAAAUUCAAUAAAUAAUGGCAACAGCAGUGCACAGCAGGAUCUUAUUAUAGAGGAGCUCCAGAGCAGUAAGGACAAGAGCAAAAACCGAGCCAUGUCCAUAGAGGUUGCAGAGAAGGAAUGGGAGGUGAGGAGGCAGAACAUUGGUCAUUAUGAUGGGAAAGAGUUUGAGAAGAUCCUUCAGGAAGCCCAGGUCAACAUGUUGAAGGGAAUCCCAAGUCUGGAGGUAGAAGAAAACCAACCACUGCCUUCUGCUGAUAUUGUGGAGCAAGAGGACAAUCCAAGUCCUGUUGAGUCACCAUCAGAAGAACCUCAGCCAGGGCCUUUCUCAGAGAAAACAUCCAAGAAGGGGCCUGAGAAAGUUCCACGGCCUUUGAUGGAGAAACCUACCAAGCCAGCCCUUGAGAGACCCUCCAAGACUGCCAUCAAGCCAACAGCCACCGACAGUUUGACGAAACAGGGCUCUGAGAAGGCAAAUAAGUCCCCACCGCCGCCUCCUCCAAGGAAAACCUAUAACAACUCUGGCACGGGCAUGACCACAACACGCUCUGGGGAGGUGGUGUACACCAACAGGAAGGAGAGUGUCUCUGCUCAGGAGGGUGAAGAGGACUCUCUGCCUCCCUCUCCACAACCUAAGCACAUCAAGGUUCCACAAGAGACCAAGCCAAAGCCUGCCACGCCACCCCCUGUCACUGCCUCUGUCGCAGGAGAGGAGGAAGAUGAAGGGGAUAAGAUCAUGGCAGAGCUCCAGGUUUUCCAGAAGUGCACAGUUAAGGAACUGGGGGUAAAAAAAUUGGUAGAACCCACCCCUCGAAUUGAACCCCAAAUCAAAGAACUGAGACCGGGGGCUUUGUUACCCCUCAAAGAAAAAAAGAGUUCAGAGCCCAGUCGAGAUGAUAAAGAUCCAGACACAGAUGAAAAUGGCAACUCUACAGCGCGGCAAAGCCAAGGAGUUAUAUAUUACGUGACGGGCCAGAUUCCUAAAGAUCAAUCGCCCCCUCCAGGAUUGGAAGACACCCCAGAACUCAGAGAACCCACACUGCCUCCAACACAGGUGUCAAAUGUCAAUGUUAAUGACAACUCUUCAAGCCAGCAACAGCAGCUGCCACCCCUGUCUCCACCACCCAAAUCCCCCCCUCCUGUCACGCCUCCUCCUAUAUCUCCUAAGCCUGUUGGACUCAACGGAUUAAAACUACCCAAGAAGCAAGUUAAACGUGCAGAAUCCUUGAAGACCGGCAAGGAAAUGCAGAAAGGAAAAUUCUUAAACAAAACAAACACCGAAAAGAAUAACAAAGUGAUUAAGGGGCACUUUUCUUUCAGCAAGAACAUGUCGCCUGAGCAAGUGGAGAAGACAGCUAAAGUGGAGGCAACUAAACAGUUUGUUCCUCCACCCAAAAAGACUUGCAAUGAGGAUAAUAAACGUCCUAAGAUUAACUUUGAUGAAGAUGACGAAUGGACUGGCCUUAGUCCAGACUUACCUGGAGAAGAGGCACCUCCGCCCCCAGACAACAUUGCAUUUAUGAUCACCAACACCAAAGUUCAGGCCCUGUCUUGUGGCGAGUACCAAGAACUGGUCAGUGCCAAGAAAGGGAGCGUCAAGACCGUUACUGUAGGCAGUGCAGCUAACAGAUUGAAUCCUUCAGUUGAUCCAACAGUGCCACAGGACAAUGGCUCAAACAAGAAGCCUGUCAUCAUUAUCUUUGAUGAGCCAAUGGAUAUCCGUUCAGCUUACAAACGCCUGUCCACCAUCUUUGAAUGUGAGGAAGAACUGGAGAGGAUGUUAGCAGAAGAGCGCAUUGAUGAGGAAAGUGAGGAGUCAGACACAGAAAGGAGUGGUGGAUUGUCUGUAAAAGCAGUGAAUGCUGAGGUGGCUGGUGGGAAAAAAGUUGGUUCCUCACAGGGUACUGUAGACCAUACCAGCUCGCCAUCGUCGUCUUCAUCUUCGAUAUCUGAAAUAACCGACAACUUAGAGGUAAAUGGGGAUGCAAAGCCAGAUGGCAAGAAGAAGUUCAAGUUUAAGUUCCCUAAGAAACAGUUGGCCGCGCUGACACAGGCGAUUCGCACGGGCACCAAAUCCGGGAAAAAGACUCUACAGGUGGUUGUGUAUGAAGAUGAAGAAGAAUGUGAUGGUACAAUCAGGCAACAUAAGGAGGCAAAGAGAUUUGAGAUUGUGCGCUCAAAAUCCUUUGCCGACACCAGCAAGGAAACUUCCCUUCAGAAAAAGCAGAACUCUGAUUCCCUCUGCAGAACAGACGAUAUUCGUAAGAGCACCUACAAGACUCUGGACAGCCUGGAGCAGACCAUCAAGCAACUGGAGACCACUAUUAGCGAGAUGGGACCACGUUCCCCUGAUGAGCCAGUCAGCAUUGAAGACGCUAAGGCAAUGAAUGGGAAAAGCUCAGAUAGAGUUGGGCUGAAGAGGUCCUCCUCUCUCCCGACCUCCAGAGGGCCUGGCCCUAAGUUAGCCAGCAGAAAUUCACUGAAGAAGACUAAACCUCAGCUCCUUCCUCGUCCUGUAGUCACCCCUUCUACCACCACAACCAACACCACCACUGUCCUCAGUGUCCCCAGCACCAUACAACAGAACACCAGUGUCGCUUCCCCUACUAGUCGGAUGCCCGUCCCUAUGUCUGCGAAGGCCAGGCAGUCGCCGGGUACAACUGACAAAGCUGGAAAACAGCAAAAACUGCAGGACGCUCAGAGGCAGUUUCGACAGGCUAACGGAAGUGCUAAAAGAGUGGGAGGGGAUCAUAAGACUACUUCCCCCACUAUACCCAUCUCUAAAAUCCCUGCUUUUUAUCCUAGCUCUACUAAAAGCAGCUCACAGCCUGCACAAAACUUAGAUGCUGCUAAUCCCAUUAACCCAUCUUCCUCCUCUUCCCUCUCCGUGACAAAGUCCUCCACCCCAUCCUCUCACACUCCUCGUUCCGGUUCCCUGUCCUCUUCCCAUAUCCCUUCACUGUCUAACGGUUCCCUCAAACUCCCAUCAGCCUCACAGCACACAGGUGGAAAGAGCAUCCGCACCAUACACACCCCCAGCUUCACCAGCUACAGAUCCCACAACGGCAGCAACGGCAAAUCCUGCAUCCCAACAGCCACAGCAGCUAAGGACACCACUUAG